CUCGAACCAAACGGUUUCUGGACAAAUCUAUUCUUUAUAAUCAUAUCGAAACUGUGAUAAAAACAUUGUUCAUUUUAUACUUAACUUAAUUUAUGCAUAUCCUGCAUUCGUUUUGAUUUAGAAUGAAAUGUAUUUAUGCAUCAUUAUUUACGUGACACGGAUAUUAUUUUGACCUUGAGAGUACUUUCGGUCUGUUCGUCCAUUUUGGAGCAAGAAAUAAAAUCAAAAUGACAUAACAUCGAAAUGGAAGAGGAUUUCUUUGGCUAUGACACAGCGUUACCUGCAUUUGGCACAGGAAAGUAUGCUGAUGGUGACACAAGGGAAGAAGAUCCUCUCGAGGAUUUUGAUGAAUUCAAUGAUGAAACAUUCGGUGAUACAUUAGAGGGAGAUUGGGAGAAAACCCAUGAGACACUAGAAGAAUCCUUUCGGGAAUGCAAGAUCAACAAUGACUCUGGCUUUGGUCAGGAUGCACGCAGAACAAAUGAAGAAGGACGUAGUAUAAGUCACAUGGUGGAGUAUGGGGUGAUAAAUGAUGGGGAGGAUGAUACUCUGCAUGCAAGGCAUGCCUUUGAAGAUCUUGACCCUGCUGUCAUGGGCAGCUCUCAGAGCUCCGAGGGCAGACCAAUACCAGGGCGGAGACAGCAGAGUCUGGAUGAGUUAUUUGGACCAUCAUCUCCACCCGCAUUCUUGGGUACUGAACAAUUGGUGUCACCAGGAAAGCAGAAUAUUUGGGGCUCGCCCAUGAGGGAAAGUCCAGUAACAAGGACAUCAGAGAAUGGUUUGAAGGCCCUACUUCAUCAGCUUCAAUCUGCUAAGCCACCCAUAGGAAGUGCAGCUUUUCAUGACCCCUCCAUAGUGACAGUAGGGACAAGUCUACCUAGCGUAAAGACAUUAGAGGAGAUAGAGCGAGAGCUAGUGACCAGUCACGCAAAGCCAUUCAUGCUGGAGGAAAUAGAAGGACAGAUUCGGGGAAAUUCACUGCCCAAUGUGCUGCAAGAUCAGAUCCGUCGAAGUUCCUCCCCUUCUGUCAAUCAGGGAACUCCCCUGUCAGUAGGAACGCCCCCUCCUGCUGCCCAUGCACAGGUAGCUAACAGGGCACUGCAGCAGGCAAUGGGAGGCAGGACUUCACCAGCUCAGGGGACUCCUCAGGGUAGGAACUCACCCAUGCAACAAAUGGGAAUGGGAUCGUCACCUCCAGUGCAUCCUAUGGGAAUGACUCCCCCUGAUGGUAGGAGAGGCCCUCCAGGUGGACCAUUUAUGCACCCGAGAAUGAUGUCUCCAUACAGGAAUAUUAAUCCCAGGAUGCUAGCUCAAAUGUCGCCUCAGCAGCUGCACAUGUAUGCACAGAUGGCUGGCCAGCAACACCAUACUCCAGGCCCUCAUAACUUGCAACAUACCCCUGGACCCAGGCACCAAAACCAGGGACCAAGGACACCAGGCCCUGGACAGAGGACCCCUGGUCCAAGGCAAGGAGGGAGGAACUCACCCCCUGGUCAUCAUCCACCUAUGGGGAGUAGCCCAGUACAUCCAAGAAUUCCGAUGCCGAUGCCAUACAGUGAUCCAAGCCACAUGAGGGGAAGGAGACCUCAUCAAAACCAGCCUAGGCACCCACUCAUGCAGAAUCAGCAGAGACGUCCUCAUCCACAGCAGCAACAGCAGAUGUACCAACAACAGCAGGAGCAAUAUCACAACCGUCGUAACUAUAACAACCACCGUAACUAUAACAAUGGUGGUGACUAUGACCAUGGUUACCAUGGUGACCAAGGAUACAAUGGUGAUGGUUUCCGAGGUGAGAGGGAUGAAGAUGCAGGUUUGAUGACAAAGAAAGAGAAAGACUGGGUGAUAAAGAUUCAACUCAUGCAGCUUCAAACUGACAAUCCCUACCUAGAUGACUAUUAUUAUUCAACACUUAUGAUGCGUCUGAAGAUGGAAGAGGUACGUAAGUUGGAGCAGGAACGAGGAUCUGGUGAUGCGCAGGAACCUAAACUAGUUCUCCCACAAUUCUCAAAGGUGGAGACAAGGACUUAUAGACCUGCCCAGUUUGAAGGCUCUCUAGGAAAGUUAACAGCAGCUAGUGUUCACAAUCCAAGGCAGAUCAUUGACAAAAUCUCAAGGGGUAACAGCCUAGAAGGGGAGGACCAAAAGGCCAGGAAUAUACGCAGAUUCAAGGAACUCUUACUUGAUAUUGAGAAGCUUUACGACCGACUGCUGUACAUAGAUGAUAUUGAGAAAAGAGUAUUAGCUUUACCAGAAGAAGGACGAAUACCAUUGCUUGAUGAGCGCAAAGAGAAUAUAGAUAGCAUUUACAAUAAUCUGCAGCGGGGUGGGGACUUCAUGACACGUCUCCUGGGGGUCAGGAAAGGCCGUUUGCUCAUAGCCCGGGCACUACCACUCUUACAACAGUGUGAAAGCAGUGCAGUGAUAGCAUCUGUACUUAGAGGUGUAUCUGAUGUAAACAAUAGAGACCAGGGGGACAAGAGUUGGUGUAAGCUGUUUGCUCCAGUUGAGGGGACUCUGAAACACUGUGACUUGGAGACCUUAGCCAAUUAUGCAGGAUGUUUAUUGGAGAAUAUAUCAACUACACAGUCCAAUACAACACACGCUUUGCUCCAACAUAAGUUUGGCUGGUCAGCUGUUUGCUGUAUGUUACAUCGUGGUGAGAUGGUAUACUCCCAGGACUCUAUGCUACUAGAUAAGACAAAACUCAACAAGUGGUCAGAAUUUGUGAGUCACAUAGCAACAAGCAUCCUCGGUCUAAAGGAGGCGGAUCUUCAGGUGCCAAUCACAACUUAUCGCGAUAAGAACAUCCCUCGACAUCUGGAGAGACUUGCUGAUGCUAAAACUGUCCUGCAUAUAGAAACAAAACUAGAAGUACUUAGCAUGUAGGACAUUGUUUCUGGCCUCACAUAUUGAGAGCCUUUGUAGGAUUCCAUUCUUUCAGAUAGAUGAUCGUUAUAGUAGAAUGCUUUCAGAUAAAAUGCGCUUGAGAUGGGAAUAUUUCUCUAUUUUUCAUGUAGUCUAGGAGUGAUUUAAUAUCAGACAACCAUCUUCUAUUAGAAGAACUUUAUUAGUGAGUGAGUAGAUGAUUCGUUGUUUAACGUGAGCUUUGUUUUUGCGAGAUCCAUAAAUUAUACGAUUUGUAGCUUAAAUCUAUUUCUGAUACAGUAUUAUUUAUUUAAAAUUUGUCACAAAAAUAUUUUAUAAAGAAUUUUUAUUGCAAAGAUCUCUUAUGUAAUGAAAUUUUCACCACAAGAAUUUUUUGUAGAUCUAGAAUGAAAUUUCCCGAAAAAUUAGAAUUUUUUCGCAAAUGUCACUCAUAACAUCUUGCUAUUUUGCCGAUGUAUCACAAUAACUGGAAAUACUUCACACUUCAUGGCCCCAAAUACAAUGUAUCAAUGUAAGGUUAUCACACUAACUUCAUCACCCAAAAUUAAGAUUAAAAAGGAUUUUAAUACUCUAACUAUGGGGGUAUAUUGUACAAACAUAUAAACCCUUUAGACUCACUUUUUGAACAAAUGUCAGUGCUGUAUAUCAAAAGCAAGGUGAUGUGCAGAUUUGGAUUCCCCUACGUAAUUUUAUGCCUCGUGAAAAGUCAUCACACACUGGAAGACAAUGUGAACUCCCAGUAGGCAUUUCAAUGUAGUGCUAUCAUCGUGAUCAAAGGAUUGUGGGAACGUUUUCAU